CAGAACGCAGAUAUAUAACCAUGUCGCUGAAGCUUUAAUUAGGUCUUUAUAUCUAAGUAUAAUAUAACAUUAAGGAUUUCCCAGAAUAAAAAUGUCUGGAGAAGGAGAUGUCGAGAUGCCUGUGGCCGAGACCCAGGCCCCCGUCGUCGUCGAGACUGAGAAGAUGGAUGUAAUGACCGCUCUUCAAACCGUCUUGAAGAACGCUCUUAUCCACGAUGGGCUUGCCCGUGGCCUUCACGAGUGCGCCAAGGCUCUUGAUCGCCGUGAGGCCCAUCUUUGUGUUUUGGCCGAGUCCUGUGACGAGCCCGCCUAUAAGACUUUGGUGGAGGCACUUUGCGCUGAACACAAGAUCAAUCUCAUCAAGAUUGACGACAACAAGAAGCUCGGAGAGUGGGCUGGUCUCUGCAAGAUUGACCGUGAAGGUAAUGCUCGCAAGGUCGUUGGUGCCAGUUGCGUAGUUGUCAAAGACUACGGUGUCUCCUCCGAAGCCGUUGAUGUGCUUCAGGAGUACUUCAAGAACAACUAGGUUGUCGAUCACAUACCACUCCGCCUUUUCUCGGAACAUAUUCAGUUCUGAGUAACUACGAUUGUAUCGUGAAACGACUAUCUGGAUUUCAAUCGCCACGCAUUGGAAUGUGUUCAUGAUUUAUCUGUACUCUGCUGGAGCGCUUCGCAACAGUUUUUUUUAUAUUAUUGUAAACAAGCGAGUUUAUUUUAAGACAACGAUUAGUGAUCGAAGACUUGAUUAAAGUUGCAACAAUUUUGGUAUUUCUUGUUACGGUGUUAUGUAGUGGUUUUUCGAGUGCUUAUAUCACUAUGCAAUAGUGUGUGUAGAGUGCCAUUCCCUUCGAUGAAUGAAUACUCAAGAACAUAUUGCUACACUGACUUUGAUCUAGGCAGUUUAGCAAACAUACCGUUUUGGUGUGGAGGAUGUUAACAAUAAUCAAGAGCAAGACAUUAGUUGUUGAUUUUUAUCUUGUCGUGGUCGAGAAUGUAAUGUAUUAUGGAGAAUGUAUUGCAUUGUCAGUUCGAUUCUGGCUUUGAGCGGUAUUGUCCAUCUGCUAUCUCAACUAUACUGGCUAUGCAAUAGUGUGUGUAGAGUAUCAUCUUCUGUAGUAGAUAGAUAUUCAAGAACAUAUUGCUAAAGUGAUUUUUCUCUUGGGCAGUUUGAGGACAUGCCGUUUUGGUAUGGAGGAGACUAACAAUAAUCAAGAGGCGUACAUUUAAUAUUAUGCUCAAAUGGGUGUUCAUGUAUGCUUAGUACUGCCAGUUAGGGAAUUUUAUUGAUGCACAGUAAAUCUGGAAUAAAAGCUCUUCAUUGAUUGAUUUGAG